AUGACUUCGACGAUCGGCAUCCCGAUCAAGCUCCUUAAUGAAGCCACCGGCCAUCAAGUGACGGUUGAGAUCGACUCUGGCCAGACCUACAGAGGAAAACUUAUUGAAGCCGAAGACAACAUGAAUUGCCAGCUCGAGAACAUAAACGUCACACAACGCGAUGGUCGCGUGACCCACCUGGAUCGCGUAUAUAUCAGAGGUUCACACGUACGAUUAUUCAUCGUGCCGGACAUGUUGCGCAAUGCUCCCAUGUUCAAGUCGAAGGCUACGAGGGGCAGGGGUGUGGGGUUGGCGAGAGGAAGAGCUACAGUCAACAGGGCGCGUGGACAGAGGGGCGGACGUGGGUCUUGA